UGUGAGUGGUGUGCGAUUUGUGAUUGUGCUGUCCUUUCUGAAUUUUCUAGUAUAAGUUGGAAUCCUAAAGAUCCAAAAAGUGCAAAAAUGAGUUCCUUCUUAAUGAAUCCCGGUGGGUACCAUCAGCAGCAUCAGCAGUCGGUGGCUCAUCUGGGUCCAACUUCGGUAGUCGUGGAUCCAAAGUUCCCACCGAGUGAGGAGUAUAGUCAGAAUAAUUACAUUCAGUCUACUGGGCCUGAUUUCUUUGGGGGAGGACACCACCUGAAUCAUCAGUCUCAUCAGCUGCAGUAUGGUUAUCAGCACCAUCAUCAGGCGGCAUCGACGCCUUAUGGUACUUCAUCAGCGGUGCAGCUGAAUGGAGGAUAUGCGGGUUACGGUGGAUAUUAUGCUCCACAUCAUCCCCAUCACCAGGUGCAUGCUGUUCAUCAUGCGAGUUUACAUCCCCAUCAUCAUGCCGUCGGGGCUCUUGCGAUGCCUCCGGAGGCUCAACAACCACCCCUGACAUGUCCGCCGAGUAUGCAGAGUCAGCAACCCCAUCAACAACCCCCUGUUGCGGCAUCAACAGUUUUAGGAACCACGCCAUUGUCUCCGUCCAUUAUGCCUAAUCAUGUUAGGCAGCCAGAGAAUAUUCAACAGCAUCAGCAGGCGCAACAGCAACAUGAAGGAAAUGUUUGUAGUCCGGCGGGGUCUGGGUCGCUGCAAAGGGAUAACUCGCCUGAUUUGCCACAGCAACAACAACAGAAUCAACAUCAGCAUAUGCAGGGAAGUCAGCAACAUCAGAAUCAACAUCAUACGGAUGAGGGUUCUGAUCAGGAAGACGUGGAUGAUGAUCAGAUCAUGGAUGGGUCGCCGGGGAUGAUGGAGGAUGAGGAUGAUGAUGAAGAGAGUGGAGAUCGUGUUAUCUAUCCUUGGAUGAAAAAAAUUCAUGUAGCUGGAGUUGCUAAUGGCUCCUACACACCCGGCAUGGAACCUAAACGCCAGAGGACAGCUUACACAAGGCACCAGAUCCUCGAACUAGAAAAAGAGUUUCAUUACAAUCGAUACCUGACAAGGCGGCGGCGGAUCGAAAUCGCUCACACCUUGGUCCUUUCUGAACGUCAAAUUAAGAUUUGGUUCCAGAAUCGGCGGAUGAAGUGGAAGAAGGACAAUAAGCUCCCCAACACAAAGAAUGUUCGUAGAAAAAACGCCAACGGUCAGUCCCAACCAGCCAAAUCCACCAAGACAUCAAAUGCACGAGCCAAAUCCGGAAGCGGGAACAACAACAGUCAACGGAAAAACAACAACAAUUCUCCUUCCAGUGGUAUGGAGAGUAGUCUCGAUGGUAGCAUUGGUCUCGAUAUGGCGGAUGUUCAUGGCGUCAAUUCUGGACUUCCGCAUCCUCAUGCUUCGCACCCUGGUUUUCAAGGUCAUCCUCAUCCGUUGGCCCACCUUCAGGCACAGCUGAGUCAUCAUCACAUAGGGGGGAUGAUGGACGGUUCUGGAGGUCCGAUGGGACAUAUGGGUUCUGGAAGCAUAAGUCCCUUGGCUCCAGCCACGAGUCCUCCUGGACUUUCAGUUCCAGUACCACCAACCAUAAAAUCUGAUUAUGGACUCACGGCUCUGUAA